AUGCUCAAGAUUGACGUUGCAUAUGCUGGGAACCCUCUAGUGAAUUUUCUGAACCACAAGAUAAUCUUGAAAGAUACAGUUCCACGGGAAGUUUAUGUCGGAUUUACAGCCUCAUCUGGCCACUUCUCAGAAAUCCACCAGGUUCUUGAUUGGAGUUUCACAUUAUAUGAAUUGCCGAAUGAAUCUCUGGAUGAAGGGAUUGCCCUAAAUAAAUGUAAAAGGGCAUUCGAGUUUGUUAUUCCAAUAAGUGUGGUUCUAUUAUUAGCUGUUAUGCCAUUUGUGCUUAAAGCGCGUAGGAGAAGGAAAGAAAGGCUUGGAAGGAGAGAAGACAUUGAAAUGCAGACGAAACUCGCAACAAAUGUUCCAAAAAAGUUCACUUACAAAGAGCUUUCAAAGGCAACGCGCAAUUUCAGCAAAGAAAAUUUACUUGGCACUGGAGGCUUUGGAAGUGUUUACAAAGGAGUCUUCACGAAUUCUGAUUAUCCUUCACCUAUUGCUGUCAAAAAAAUCAAUGCAACUUCAACCCAAGGUGAAAGGGAGUACUUGGCAGAAAUAAGCACAAUAGGACGCCUGAGGCACAAGAACUUGGUGCAACUACAGGGUUGGUGUCAUGAUCGCGAGCAACUGCUACUUGUCUAUGAAUACAUGCCUAACGGUAGCCUUGAUCGGUACAUAGGGAAGGAAUUUCUUGACUGGAAAAUCAGGUACAAAAUUCUAUCAGGUCUGGCAUCAGUGCUGCAUUACCUGCACGAAGAAUGUGGGAAUCCUGUUGUACAUCGCGAUGUGAAGCCAAAUAACGUGAUGUUGGAUUCAGAAUACAAUGCUCAUCUCGGAGAUUUUGGUCUUGCGAGAUUACUCCACAACAAUGCCUUUGUCACGACAAUGGUAGCUGGAACAAUAGGAUAUUUAGCACCGGAAGUUAGUUAUACAGGAAGGGCCACUCCGGAAUCAGAUGUCUAUAGCUUUGGAAUCGUAGUGCUCGAAGUUGUAUGUGGAAGAAGAUCAAAGGGUAUCAUGGAAGACGACAGUUUGGUAGAUUAUGUAUGGAGUGCAUAUGAAAAGGGAUCUUUAUUAUCAUGCGUGGAUAAGAUGCUUAAAGGCGAUUUUGAGGAGGAACAAGUGCAAAGGACAUUGAUUAUAGGGUUGGCUUGUUUGCAUCCGGAUCAAAUGCUUAGGCCUAGAAUGCAGAAAGUGGUUCAAAUUUUCAUGAACCCUUAUGAAUCGAUCGUGAAAUUACCAGAAUCCAGACCAGAUACAGUGUGUUUAUCGUUUUUAUCUUCUUCUUCGCAUUCAACUACAACACAUGGUGCAAAAGGUUUAAUGGAGUGUUCUCCAGUCGAGAUGACAGUUUUAUACGAUUCUUGCAACAUCGGGGAAAUUUAAACGCGCACGUUAGGAAAUUGUAAUAUCAUUGUUUCUUCCAACCUGACAUGACUCUUCAGUGUCUGAUCAAUGAUAUAUUGUUUGCUCAAAGAAAGAAAAAGGGGCAAAAUAAUGUAUUGAU